AUAGCCCGGGAACCAAUCACCGCCCGAGAAAUUAGAGCGGAUCAGGAGAUCGCCGAGAGAAUAUUGCAAAAAUUCUAAUCGAAUUCACGAGCCAAGAAAAUAUAUAAAAUCAAUAGCCAUGGAAAGCGAGCUUGUGGCCCGUAAAGGUGGUAUCAAAUGCCCUGAAUUUUAUUACGAAUGGGAAGAGACUGCAAUGGGAACAAGUGAUACCACCGGGGAUUCGCGCUUACAUCCUUCAGCUAGCUCAGGCACUCCUGGAGGAAACGGAACAGAACGUAGAAACAUUGGAACCAGCGGCGAAGAAACAACCAGACAAAGAAGUCCGAGAAAAGAGGAAGAGAAAUAUUCACCAAAAAAACUUGCCACUGAAGACUCCAAAAACAAAGGUACAUCACAGGGUACCCAACAUGAAGACGAAGACGAAGGGACAUAUGAGGAACUUAUAUGCCUAGUGCGACAGUUUUACGUGGAGAGACCACUGAACCCUGCUGCGCUGGCUCACCAGAAUAUCGAGACUUGUUGACAAGUCAGUCACUGCUCCUGUCACUGCGUCGCUGCUGCGCGUAUCAAAGGCGAUUUGCCAUAAGUUUUGCGGUUUUUUCAACAAUCCAUUACAAGAGAGACGCUAUCCCAAAGGAUUCCAACACGAAUCUAAAUGGGUCAUCUGCUUGAUACGGUGGACGAAGUGGACAAAGUUUUGCUAAGGUGCCCCCCGCCCAUCCAAAAAAACCAAAGAAAAGCAAAGGAAGGAACAAAAACGACAAUGUCAAAGGAACGCGAGCAAGAGACUAGCUGAAAGCUGGACAGAAAAAGAAGGGGAGAGAAUUCGCUAAAAA